CUCUCGAGCUUGUGAGCGCCUGACCCAAACCUCUUCUCCCAGGGAACAAAUGACUGCUUUCUUAUGGAAGAGUGUCCAUCGAAUGCCUAAUAGCAUGUUGCUCUGGCAAAGAACUAUGUCUCUGUAUAACCAUACCCAUGGUUUUGAAGAGAAGGAAAUAAAGAAAAAACUUCAGCAGUUUACUGGUGGAUCUGUCAGCCUUUCAAAAAAGGAAGACGGCAUUGGGAUACUUACCUUGAACAACCCAAAGCUAAUGAAUGCAUUCACAGGUGCAAUGAUGAUAGAACUACAGGAAAAAGUCACUGAAUUAGAAAACUGGGAGGAUGGAAAAGGACUUAUUAUCCAUGGUGCAGAAAAUACUUUUUGCUCAGGAUCUGAUCUUAAUGCAGUCAGGCUACUGUCCAGCCCACAGGAUGGGAUGAAUAUGUGUAUGUUCAUGCAAAACACCUUAACCAGACUUAUGAGGUUACCUCUAAUAACAGUUGCUUUAGUUCAAGGAAAAGCUCUGGGAGGAGGAGCAGAACUGACCACUGCAUGCGACUUCAGGUUAAUGACCCCGGAGAGUGAAAUUAGAUUUGUUCACAAGCAGAUGGGCUUAGUACCAGGCUGGGGAGGAGCUGCCAGGCUUGUGCAAAUCCUUGGCAGCAGCCUCGCCCUCAAGUUGCUCAGUGGUGCCUCAAAAGUACAGCCAGAAUACGCCCUUCAUAUUGGCCUGAUAGAUGCCAUCUUGUCCCCUUCUGAUGAGCCUCUAGAAGAAACAUGCACAUGGCUCAAGCUGCACACCAAGGGACCAGCUGAAGUGAUUCGGGCUGUGAAGAAAGUAGUUGUGGCAGGAAGAGAGCUGCAGUUGGAAGCUGCCUUGAGAACAGAAAUGAAGAUUUUUGGAACUGUUUGGGGAGGUCCUGUUAACUUGGAGGCCUUAACUCAGAGAACAAGACACAAGUAA